AUGGGGAAAGUUGUUAGUAGAACUGGUCUCAUGAAAAUGGAAACCAGGUCUGGUAAUUCCGAAAAGCUGGCGCGUGUCCCUCGGGAACAAGUGGCCCCUGCAGGGUGUUUUCUGCUCUGCAGGAGGGAGUUUUCUCCGGGCUGCUCGGGCUCCCAUCUGCCUGGCAUGAUGGCAGGUGGCCUUCGUGUUUCUGGCACGAGACACCAGGUGCCCCAGCUCCUGCUUUGGCAGCAAAGGGCCCCCGUGUCUGUGAGUGUGUUUGGAGUCUGUACUUACCAUACUUACUGCUGUAGCAUCCAACUGACAAAUGCUUAUUUGAUGCUUCUGCCACGACGAGCCAAGCUGAAGAGACGGCUGCGCGUCAGUUUAUUCUUUGAUCUCUGUGGCCGUCCUGCUGCUGUUCGGCGUGCUCAGCCUGGCACAACCUGCCGAAACAAGCAGUUCUUUGCAGUAGCAAGCUUAACUCGCCACAGAACUAUAAAUAACCCCAUGUACAAAGACGAGGUGGUGCGGACGGUUGUUCUCCUUUCUCCUCAAGGUCCUCAUGGCUCUCUGACAAGAGUUUUGCAGAAGAGAGGAGGAGGAAGAGGACUUUUAGGGCCUGAUCUAGGCCAAAACUUGGAUCAAAGUCACCUAUUUACAGAAGAAGUUGAAGAAGAGUCUGAAACCACAAUUGAGGUUGACUUGACUGAUAAACAGAAACAUCAGUUGAAGCACAGGGAGCUGUUCCUUUCUCGCCAGUAUGAGUCUCUUCCUGCAACACACAUCAGGGGAAAAUGCAGUGUUGCGCUUCUGAAUGAAACAGAGUCUGUGUUGUCGUAUCUGGAGAAAGAGGAUACUUUUUUUUAUUCCUUGGUAUAUGAUCCAUCACUGAAAACACUCUUAGCAGACAAGGGAGAAAUCAGAGUGGGGCCGAGAUACCAAGCAGAUGUGCCAGACAUGCUUGCAGAAGGAGAAUUAGAUGACAGAGAACAGGCAAAGCUGGAAGUAAAAGUAUGGGAUCCAGAUAGCCCCCUAACUGACCGUCAGAUUGACCAGUUUUUAGUUGUAGCACGCGCGGUUGGGACCUUUGCUCGAGCACUGGACUGCAGUAGCUCCGUCAGGCAACCCAGUUUACACAUGAGUGCGGCUGCUGCUUCCCGAGACAUCACAUUGUUUCACGCGAUGGACACCUUGCACAAGCACAACUAUGACCUGAGCAGCGCCAUCAGCGUCCUCGUGCCGCUCGGGGGGCCUGUUCUGUGCCGAGAUGAAAUGGAAGAGUGGUCAGCAUCAGAGGCGAGUUUAUUUGAAGAAGCACUGGAGAAGUACGGGAAGGACUUCAAUGACAUUCGACAAGACUUUCUCCCUUGGAAGUCACUGACUAGCAUCAUUGAAUAUUAUUACAUGUGGAAAACCACUGACAGAUAUGUGCAGCAGGUAAUUUAAUAUUUAUUUCAACAUGAACAAGAC